GGCACCCCUCGUUGCUGUUUGAACAUACCUCCAGAAUCAAGGACGCGCUGCAGGGCUUCCUGCUGCUGCCCGCCCCGGUGGCUCUAGGACUGCUGCUGGCGCUGUGGCCGCUGGCAGCAGCGGGGCGGCGGGACCUGGGGGACUACUUGGUGAUGCUGCUGCGGAAGGUCAUGUUUGCGAGGGAGGCGGGCAGCAGGCUGGUUGCGGUGCGCGGCUUCCUGUUCAUCCUGUUGCAGCAGCUGCGGGCGGCGGCGAGCAGUGCGGGAGUGGAGGACGAUGAGCGGGCAGCCGCGGCGGCAGCAGCAGCAGCAGCAGCGGCGGCGGCGGCUGGCCCCAGCUUCAGCCAAGCCUCAUGCAGCCAGUCCUCUCUGAGUCAGAUGCAGGCGCUGACCAGCGGAGCGGGAGUCAGUCUGCAACACGAGCUGCAAGGUUUCCUCCGCCGGGCACUGGGGCAGCAAGCGGCCGUACGGUCGGCGCUGUACGAGGGCCUUUCAGCCAUCUUGCUUGCGGAUCCAGGCUCCCGUGAUGUGGUUUUGGAGCUGGUCGCUCCGCAGUUCUACCGCUACGUGACGGAGGGAGCCGCCCUGCCGCCGCUGCACUGCAGGCUCCUGGUGAGUGGCGGCGGUGGUGGUGGUGGCGGGUACGGCAGUGGCAGCGGUGGUGGCUCCGAAACCGUAACCCUGUUGGAGCCGCUUCCUGCCCUGCUGGCGUGUGUACGGCGGGUGGCCGGGCUGUGUCGUGAGGCCAUGGUGGCGGCAGCGGUGGCGGCGGGCGAGGAGGAGGCGGCGGCAGCGGCGGGGAUGCCUGGGGUGUUGCUGGAAGAGGAUGAGGCGGAGGCAGGAGGAGGAGCAGGAGGGGGAGAUGUGUUGAUGGUGGAGGAGGAGGAGGAGGAGGAGUAUGGCGGAGGGAGGCAGCGGCAGGACCAGGGCGCGGAUUUGGCGGUUAAGGACCUGGUCCGCACUUGGGACGGCCUAGCUCGGCGGCUGCUCCGUUGCGAGGCCGAGCACUUCGACAUGAACUGCGCAGCGGACCUCAACCCCGCAGUCGCCAGCGGAGCAGCCAGGCAGCUGCAGGCUGCAUGCUUGCUGGGAGCCAUUGAGGUGGCGAUGGAAGAGCUGGUGGACAUAGCUACCGGUCCUGGCGGCUCCGAAACCGCGGCUCGCAGCGGCGAGCGGCUGGCCCGCGCCUUCGAGCUGCACUGCCGCCUGCACGACUUGGCGCGGGAGGCCAAGGCUCCAGCAGGAGGAUCCAAGGCCAAGCCAGCAGCUACCGAGGCUGCAGCCGGCAGCGCCGCCGAUGGCUCCGGCGGCACUGCUGCUGGUGCUGGUGCUGCUGCCGGCACCACCGCCGCUGCAGCAGCCGGCGGCGGCGGCAGCGCCAAGCGCCCUCGCGAGCUGUGCCCCGACCUCAUUCCCGCGGACUCCCGGCCCCCCGCUCUGUCCGCUGCCUGCCUAGCCAAGCUGUGCAGCGGCGUGCUGCGAGACGGAC